AUGCAGAUAAUGCUAUGGGUAGCAAUUCCAUCUCUACUGGAAAGAGGAUCGUCAGCAGUCGUAAUGACAGUGUUCUUGAUCACGUUCCUCUUCCAAUAUUUCCCCAAAAUUUGCUACUCCGUCUGCCUCUUACGUCGAAUGCAAAACCAAUCAGGCUACAUAUUUGGCACCGUUUGGUGGGGAAUCGCACUCAACUUGAUCUCUUUCUUUGUUGCCUCACAUGCGGCAGGUGCAUGUUGGUACUUGCUAGGUCUUCAAAGAGCUACAAAGUGCCUGGGAGAACAAUGUAGAGCCACAAAAGGCUGUAGGCUCAGCACAUUAGCAUGUGAAGAUCCUAUUUACUAUGGGACAAGGAUGGUAAUUGAUAGAGAAAGAUUGGCUUGGGCAGAGAACAAACAUGCAAGAUCAAUGUGCAUAGAAAGCGCUGACAAUUAUGAGUAUGGCCUCUAUGAAUGGACUAUCUACUUGGUUGCAAAUGCAAGUCGUGUCGAGAAGAUACUUCUUCCUAUCUUCUGGGGUCUAAUGAAUCUAUGUACGUUCGGGAACCUCCAAUGCUCAACAGAAUGGCUGGAGACAGUUUUCAACAUCAUCGUUAUAGCCUGCGGCCUCCUUCUCGUAACCAUGUUGAUUGGAAAUAUCAAGGUUUUCUUGCAUUCAAUUACAUCAAAGAAACAAGCAAUGCAAUUAAAGAUGAGGAAUGUGGAAUGGUGGAUGAGGAGGAGAAACUUGCCUCAGGGGUUCAGGCAAAGAGUACGUAAGUAUGAGAGGCAACGGUGGGCAGCUAUGAGAGGGGUGGAUGAAUGUCAGAUAAUUCGAUACCUACCCGAGGGCCUCAGGAGGGACAUCAAAUAUCAUCUCUGUCUUGAUCUUGUGAGACAGGUACCACUGUUUCAACAUAUGGAUGAUUUGGUCCUUGAAAACAUAUGCGACCGUGUGAAGUCCCUCAUCUUCCCAAAGGGAGAGACGAUCACUAAAGAAGGUGACCCAGUAAGAAGAAUGUUAUUCAUUGUACGGGGCCACCUUCAGAGCUGCCAAGUACUAAGAGACGGUGUACAGAGUUGCUGCAUGUUGGGACCCGGCAACUUCAGUGGAGAUGAGCUGCUGUCAUGGUGCCUGAAACGGCCAUUUGUUGAACGACUGCCACCAUCAUCGUCUACACUGAUAACACUGGAGACCACGGAAGCGUUUGCACUGGAAGCGGAGGAUGUGAGGUACGUGACCCAGCAUUUCCGCUACACUUUCAUCAACGAGAAAGUGAAGAGGAGUGCACGGUAUUAUUCGCCUGGGUGGAGAACCGGGGCGGCAGUGGCGAUUCAACUAGCUUGGAGGAGGUAUAAGCAUCGGUUAACGCUGGCUUCCUUGUCGUUUUUACGGCCCCGAAGACCAUUGUCGCGUUCUUCUUCUUUGGGAGAAGACAGACUCCGGCUGUAUACUGCUAUCUUAACGGCACCAAAGCCCGAUCAGGAUGCUUUCUCCUUCGAUUCUGAUUCUAUUGCAAACUGUCUCUAAUUCUAGCUUAACGCUGCCCUUAUCUGUUCUUUUGGCCCCGGCCCC